GGUGCAGUGUACUUUUUAAGACGCAAUGAAAGCCUUCUACACUUUCUGUGUGGUCCUUUUGGUGUUGGGGCGUGACUCUGAAGCCAAGUUUGAUGAUUUCGAGGAUGAGGAAGACAUAGUAGAGUAUGAUGAUAAUGACUUCGCUGAGUUUGAGGAUGUCAUGGAAGAUUCUGUUACGGAAUCUCCUCAGCGAGUGAUAAGCACUGAAGAUGAUGAAGAUGAGACCACUGUGGAGUUGGAAGGGCAGGAUGAAAACCAAGAAGGAGAUUUUGAAGAUGCGGAUACCCAGGAGGGAGAUACUGAAAGUGAGCCAUAUGAUGAUGAAGAAUUUGAGGGUUAUGAAGACAAACCAGAUACCUCUUCUAGUAAAAACAAAGACCCAAUAACAAUUGUUGAUGUCCCUGCACACCUCCAGAACAGCUGGGAGAGUUAUUAUCUAGAGAUCCUGAGGGUGACUGGUUUGCUUGCCUAUAUCAUGAACUACAUCAUUGGGAAGAAUAAAAACAGCCGACUUGCUCAGGCCUGGUUUAACUCUUAUGGGGAGCUUUUGGAGAGCAAUUUUACCUUAGUGGGGGAUGAUGGGACUAACAAAGAAGCCACAAGCACAGGAAAGUUGAAUCAGGAGAAUGAACACAUCUAUAAUCUGUGGUGUUCUGGUCGAGUGUGCUGUGAAGGCAUGCUCAUCCAGCUGAGGUUCCUUAAAAGACAAGACUUACUUAAUGUCCUGGCCCGGAUGAUGAGGCCAGUGAGUGAUCAAGUGCAAAUAAAAGUAACUAUGAAUGAUGAGGACAUGGAUACAUUUGUGUUUGCUGUUGGCACUCGCAAAGCUUUGGUGCGACUGUAGAAAGAGAUGCAGGAUCUGAGUGAGUUUUGUAGUGAUAAACCUAAGUCUGGAGCAAAAUGUGGACUGCCAGACUCGUUGGCCAUUCUGUCAGAAAUGGGAGAAGUCACAGAAGGAAUGAUGGAUACAAAGAUGGUUCACUUUCUUACACACUAUGCUGACAAGAUUGAAUCUGUCCAUUUUUCAGACCAGUUCUCUGGUCCAAAGAUUAUGCAAGAGGAGGGCCAGCCCUUAAAGCUGCCUGACACCAAGAAGACACUACUGUUUACAUUUAAUGUGCCUGGCUCGGGUAACACGUACCCAAAGGACAUGGAGGCUUUGCUCCCCCUGAUGAACAUGGUGAUUUAUUCUAUUGACAAAGCCAAAAAGUUCCGACUCAACCGAUAGGGUAAACAGAAAGCAGAUAAGAACCGCGCACGCGUGGAAGAGAACUUCCUGAAGCUGACACACGUGCAGAGGCAGGAGGCUGCGCAGUCUCGGCGUGAGGAGAAGAGAGCCGAGAAGGAGCGGAUCAUGAAUGAGGAAGACCCCGAGAAGCAGCGCAGGCUGGAGGAAGCUGCUUUGAGGAGAGAACAAAAGAAGCUGGAGAAGAAGCAAAUGAAAAUGAAACAAAUCAAAGUGAAAGCCAUGUAAAGUCACCUUGAGGGCUCCGCCCAUCCACCUGUAAGCUCUGCGCCCACCGGAAACGGGAAAAGCACGAGUCCAUUUCCCCCUAAAGUUCACAUAUUCCUGUGACUGAGAAGUCCUUAGUCCACCCUCCCCUCUUGGUUUAGAGUUCUACAGAGGCUGUAGAUACAUUGAAAGGGCUCUUUCACUUAUUUCCUCCCUCAUAAUCAAAUUAGUUUGAUUAUUUUAUGAAAGAAUGGUAUAUAAAGUACGUGUAGUUUAAAAUAUUUUUAAAUUAUAACGUGAAUCAUCA